GAUACUUAAUAGAGAGUUAUAACAAGAAAAAGUUGAGUUUGAAUCCAGAAAAAAAUGAAGGUGAGAAGGGUUUUCAUAUUGGCAGCCCUUUUGGCGCUGUUUGUAGGCAUUAUUGUUGCCCAAGGCGAUAGCAACGGCAGCGGCAAUGGAAAUGGUAACACGGGGCCCAACAAUGGCAACGGCAACGGCAAUGGUAACAUGGGAGGUAACAAUGGCAACGGCAACGGAAAUGGUAAUAUGGGAGGUAACAACGGCAACGGAAAUGGCAAUGGAAACUUUGGAGGUAACAAUGGAAACGGAAACGGCAAUGGAAACGGCAACGGCAAUGGCAAUGGCAAUGGCAACGGCAACAACAACAACAACAGCGAUGGGGAUGAUGGCAACGACGAGGAAGAAAAUGGGCAGAGACAAACAAGGCCGUCCGCACCUACUCGUGUGCCUUCCGGUAAUUACGAAUCAUUAUCACCAGUGCCAAGUUCCGGGCAGGAAAGAGGUAAGUGCCUUGGCGUGGGAGCAUGUCUACAUAAGACGCUGACCUGCCCGUCCGACUGCCCGCAGAGGAAGCCCAAGAACAACAGGAAGCAAAAGGGCUGCUUUAUCGACUGCAGCAACAGAUGCCAAGCUACCUGCAAAUGGAGGAAGCCCGACUGCAACGAGAAGGGUUCAAUAUGCUACGACCCGCGCUUUGUGGGAGGGGACGGCGUUAUGUUCUACUUCCACGGAUCAAAGGGAAACAACUUCGCCAUUCUCUCCGACCAAAACCUACACAUCAAUGCACACUUCAUUGGCAAUAGGCCCAAGGGCAGGACUCGUGACUUUACAUGGGUUCAAGCCCUUUCCCUCAUGUUCGAUACAAACACGCUACUCUUCGCCGCCAAAAGAGUCUCCCAUUGGGACAACAACACCAACGCCAUCGUCGUCAAGUGGAAUCGCCACUCUUUAUCAAUCCCUAUCGACCAAUGGUCCACAACCUCUGCUGGAAGACAAGUCCUCAUUGAGAGGACUAUGGAUGUCAACACGGUCAGAGCCACCGUGUCCGGGUUAGUGCAGAUGGACAUAAGGGUGGUCCCAAUCGGUGACAAGGAAAAUAGGGUCCAUCACUAUCAGUUGCCCUCCGAUAACGCCUUCGCUCAUCUUGAGGUCACCUUCAGAUUCUUUAGCUUGUCGAAAGCCGUCGAAGGAGUUCUUGGGAAGACGUACAAAGAAGGGUAUGUGAGCCCCGUCAAGAGAGGAGUUCCCAUGCCAAUAAUGGGAGGUGAAGACAAGUACAGGACUCCCUCACUCUACUCUCCUUUUUGCAAGAUGUGUGUCUUCCAGAGGCCCUCUCUGGCUUCCCUCUAAAUCUAACAGUUACAUAAUAUCAGUAUCUCUUUUCUUCUAUAAUAAAUGUUGCCUCGAGUUCUCAACUCGGCAUUGAUUUUCUUGUUCCAAUUUUAAGAAAUGCGUAUCUUGUUUUGCCAAUGUAACACACAACCAACGUUCUCUUAUUUACUUCAA